AUGUGCCCACCACCUGUCCCUGUAUCAAGUGACAAUAGUGCUUCACAAGCAGAGAACAAUAAAGAAACAACUACUAGAACUACUGCCACUUCAACAACUACUCCUACUACUAUUACUAAACCAACUACAGAUCCCACUACCACUGCAACGCUAACAACAACCACUCGCAAAACUACUGCCACACCCACAACAAUCAUUAGCACAACUACUGCUAAAACAACAACCACCACUCGCACAACUAAAACUACACCAACAACCACUACUCGUAAUACUAUAAAUACACCAACAACCACUACUCGUAAUACUAUAAAUACACCAACAACCACUACUCGAAAAACUACAGCAACACCGACAAUCGGCACUCGCAAAACUACUGCCACACCAACAACCACUACUAGAACAACUAUAAAUACACCAAAAACCACUACUCAAACAACUACAGCCACGAAAACAACAAUCACUGGCACAACUACAACAACACCAAAAACGACCACUCGCACAACUAUAACUACACCAACAACCACAACUCCAACAACUACAGCCAGAUCAACAACCAUCACUGCCACAAAAACUAGCACAACAACAGCCACACAAACAUCCACCAUUCGUACAACUACUGCCACACCAACAACAACUACUCGAACAACUAUAAAUACACCAACAACCACAACUCAAACAACUACAGCCACACCUACAACAACUACUCGAAAAACUACAGCCUCACCAACAACUACUACUAGAACAACUACAGUCACACAAACAACCACUACUCCAACAACUAUGAAAACACCAACAACAACUAUUCGAACAACUAAAGCCUCAUCAACAACAACCACUGACAUAACUACAGCAACAUCAACAACCAUCAUUCAAACAACUACUGCCAUACCAACAACCACCACUCGCACAACUACAAAUACACCAACAACCAACGCUCCCACCACUACUACUGCCACACCAACAACCACCGCUCCCACCACUACUGCCACACCAACAACCACCGCUCCCACC